AUGGAGAAAGACAGGCCCCCACAGUUGAUGACCCCUGCUUCAGUGAAAGCCAUCAUCUCAAGGAUUGAGGCUGCCCAGCUAACACGGGCUCAGGAGGAUAUUUCUUCCCAGCUCUCUGACAUCUUGGACAAUGUCAACUGUGUCAUCAACCGCUUCCAGGAAGAACUAGGGUAUGAUUUAAAAGAAAAGGCAAAAUCUGACCGGACAGAGCGAAAGGGCAAGAACAGAUUCAUCUUGCUGGAGAAAAUUGCCUCCUUCUCCGAAGACGCUAAGACCAAAGAGAAGCACUUGUACGAAAUUCUCCGCUGGCUGGGUGACUGGGGUGACAGUCUCACCUAUGAGCUCAGGAACAGGAAGGGUAAGGAGGAAGAGAAAGCUCUGGAUGAAUGGAUUGAGGUGAUGGAGAAGGUGUUACCUCUGUCCCUCAUUGCCACCAAAGGAGGCAUCGAGUCUCUCAUCUCCCUCUGCUCUACUCUCAUUGAAAGACAAAAGAAAGGGACACAAAUAUCCAAACACACCUUCUGGCAGGGCUGGUGGGAACAAAGCCCCCCCAGAUCUGCAUCCUACCCUCAGCCACUGAGCCCAGAGCAGAUGCUCCAGGACAAGCAUACUACAUGCAUGAAGGUCUCUGAGGUGAUGUCCAUGCUGCAGGAGCUCCUGGACUCCACCAUGUUCAACCAGGGGGAGAUCAGAGCCAUCCGGUACAUGUCUGCUGUGGUGGAGAACCUCAACAAGGCCUUGACCCUCCAGCACAAAGAGAACAGUAACCUAGAGACCAAAUACAGGAACCUGGAAGUAGAGAUGACCAGAGAACUCAGCAGCCAGAGGCUCUACUUCCAGAAUUCCCUCCAAGUUCUACAGAGCAAGAGGGAUGCCCUACUAAAGCAGGUGGAAAUUCUAGGGGGGAAAUACCAUGACCUUCUUCUGAUCAAGCAUGCCUUAGAGUUCCAGCUGAAGAAGGCUCAGUCUGCUAGAGAUCAAGCAGAAGAACCAGCCAAGAUCUUGAUCAACCUCCUGGGCCCCACUGAGAAAGAGACCCUCUCAAAGAAAGAAAGAGUCAUGGAGAAAACCCAGCAGGAGAGGUUGCUUAUGUCACUGCCCCCAGGUUUCAUGACCGAAGCCUGGGACAGUGGUACUAGGCCUUCAACGUCUCAGGCACUUUCCACCAUGACCACACAUGCAAGGAUUGCCGAUGUGUACAGCAGCAAGGACACUGAGUGUCUCCAGCCCAUCUUGCUAUCCCCAGUAGACAAGUUUCCUAAGAAAUGGGAAGGACUAGCAGCAGAGAGCCCAGGCCACCAAGUCAAAGACCAGAAGGAUUUCCAGAAAGCAGCCCAAGAGAAGGAAGGACUCCAAAUUAAGUACCGUGUUAGGAUGCAGCUGUCCCCGGAGAGCUCUAAGAAGGUGGCCUUGGAGAGCAAGGUGGAGCACUGGGAAGAAGAACUCAGCUGGGAGAGGCAGAGGCAGCAGUGGCUGGAGGAGGAGGCAAUGUGGUUGCAGCGGCAGAAGAAAUGGGCCCUGCUGGAGCAGGAGCAUCAGGAAAAACUGCAGCAGUGGGAGAUGGAGGUGGCGGCGAGGGAGCAGCAGCAGAGGCUGGGCCAGCAGGAGAAGGAGCACGGGGGCCCACAGAGAGACCUGGAGCGGUCGGGGGAGGACGUGGAGAGGGUGAUCUUCACGACCACCAGGCGGUGGAAAGACCUGGAGAAGACAUCCCUGGCACCUCCCCCAAGCCGGGCCCAGUCUGCUCACCAAGGCAGGAGGCCACACCAGCCUAGGUCCCCUAAUACCCCACAGCCUGCCCCCAGACACCAGAGGAACCUGCGUUCUGCCAAGUCUACCCAGAAACCAUGGGCCUCCCAGGUUCCCAUGAAGCCCAAGAAAUCAGCCUCCUUCCCUGUCACAGGGACAUCCAUCCAAAAGGUGUCCCGGCUUCCACAGCAUAUCUCCCCGGCAGCUCUUAAGGGCAAAGUAUACCACAUGGAUGCAGAGGCCCAGAGGAAGAACCUGCAGCUCCUGAGCAAGGAGGCUGAGCCGGGGCUGCCGCACUCACUGCGCAGCAAGGCGCUGGAGCUCACCACCACCACCAUGGAGCUCGGCACACUCCGGCUGCAGUGCUUGUGCCACAGGUACAUCCUCUACAGGCGCUUCCGGAGCCUCCGACAGGAAGUGACUGACCACAUACAAGUCAUGCGGGAAACUGGGACUGCCUACAAGGCCCAGAACCUGUACGUCUUCCUGGGUAACAUCGACCACCUGCAGAACCUCUGGCUGCAGGCCUGGGCAGACAAGCAGAAGGACCUGGAGGAGAAGCGCCGAGAGUGUCUGAGCAGCAUGGCGACCAUGUUCCCCAAGCUCCAGCUGGAGUGGAACAUCCAUCUGCACACUCCUGUGAUCACCAACCCAAAGUCCAGGAAAAACAAGCCACCCCCUUCCCUUCUCCGGCGCAUCCACUCCUGUGGCCCCUUCAGCAGGCAGUCCCCAGAGCACUUCGUGCCCAAGCCCGGGGAAUGUGCUCCCCUGCGCCCGGCCCGCCAGCAGGAGAACCAGAUGGAGGCCAUCUGGAGAACUGAUGUGGCCUCCUCCAGUCACCCAAUAGAAAAGAGGACUCCCCCCAGACUGACCUGGGACCAGUUUGGAGGAUGCCCUGACAUUCCCCGGCUGUUGGCCUUGGAUGUGCCUUCCUAUCGAAGAAGCUUACAGUCCCUCAAGACCUGGCUCUUGGCACUGGGCUUAAGGUGCCUAGUGGCUACACCUGGUCUGGUGAUGGUGAUUGGACUUUCUGGACAUCCUCUAGCAAGCACUCUGGCAAGCAAGCAGAGUGUCUUCCAGAUUCUUCUGCUUUGUCGACGGUUCAUCUCCUUGAAGGCAAAGAAGCUGUGGAUUGUCCAACCUGGAAAGCCAAGAGGUUUGGACACCAAGGAGAGAUAUCCCUCUAUGUCUGUCUCUCUGUGAUAUAUAU